UUAUGGGACAAAGUUCUGUUGUUUGGUCGGAGGGCGCAUACACAGACCAAAGGAUAAAUUCAUCAAAUUGUUACUCAAUUAUAUCGUAUCGUACGCUACAUGCUACAAGAUAUAUAUGUACACACGCGCUGAUCGAUUAACAGACCUCAGUUUUUAGUUUUAAAAUACAAAAGAAUAUAUAUUACGUAUUAUUCUUGACAAAAUUGGAAGUGAAUUAGUUCAAAUUAAACUGAAGGCACGUCGUGGAAGCUGGUUUACGAUUCACUUCCUCCUGGUCGGCAAAUAUGCAAAACGUCCCUCCACUGAUUUUAGGCGUGUGGAAUACAUCAGAUCUAGUCGGUGUAAAAAUUAUAAUAACUUUGAGUUAAUAGAAUACUAAAAUAACAGUUUGAUAAUAGUGAGAAUACUUGCAGAAAAUACCAGCGAUAUAAACUGCAGAGAACAUAGAGGAAGAUGGCCCCGGAGACACCCUCAGUAGUACGGGCUACUCAAGCCUGGCUGCAGUCCGCUCGCCAUGUCCAGGUUCCCUUUGCCUGGCUUGAAGCCUGCGUUGAGUGGAUUCAAGGAGAGGCUGGAGGAGCAGAUCAUCUGUCUCAGCAGCAAAUCAAUCAGCAGGUCCUGGACCAGUGGCUCCUGACAGAUCUGAGAGACCUGGAUCACCCGGUUCUCCCUGAAGGACUCGCUCAGGCCCAGAAGACAGAACUCAAUGGCACCUUUUGUGUUCAGGUUGACUCAUUGCUGGAUGUCAGUCAGCCUGCAUAUGGUCAGCUGCAGAAGUGGAGGGGUACAGACUGCACCAAUGACGAGGUCUCCGCUGUCACACAGACCACUCAGAGGCCCUGGGAGGCCAAAGCGACCCGUAUACUGCUACUCCAGAUUACAGAUGGAGUCCAGAGCUUGGAGGCCAUGGAGUAUCAGUCCAUCCCUUUGCUCAGUUCAACACUCAGGCCUGGAGCAAAGCUACAGUUGCAAGGCAAGAUGGUUUGCAGACUUGGUGUUGUGCUUUUGGGGCCGUCCAAUGUAAAGAUCCUGGGUGGUGAGGUAGAGGACUUGGUGGAGAGGAAUACUCAGGGCCAGGUGUUGUGCCGGACGCUGGGCCUCCCAGAGACAGAGCAGCACCAAGACGAAGAGGCUUUGAUACAACCACGACAAGACAACCAGGCAGCGGAGGACCUGGAGGUGGAUGAUGCGGAGCUGUUGGCCAGUCUGGAGGAACACAGUGAGGCUGAAGUCAUUCAGGUUCAGCCAUCUAGAGAUAGUGGUUAUGGGACCGUGCAGGAGACCUUGGCUCUGUCCUCCGUCCUUGGAGACCAUGUCUCAUUCAGGACUCAAACUUCCACCCCUUUUCACGGUACUAAUUCAACACAAACUAACAGGAGUGGGUCAGUUCGAAGAAACGAGAAUGAUGAGGACCUCGUUGAGUUGUUCCACUCUGAUGUGAUGAAUCAAAAUAGCCAAGAAGACAACAUGGCAGACGAUGAAUUUCCUGAUGAAGACUUUCCCCUGGACGAGUUAGACAGCGUUAUAUUACAGGAAAGUGGAAAUGUUGACAACGAUCAUAGAAGCACACAUCAGAAUAACAGAAUAUUAGAAAAUCAAAGCAGUGUGGAAAGAGCAACAAAAGCCCAACCUGUUCGGUUUGAGGCACAAACUUCACAUGGAUCUGGGACAUUUGAGGGAUCUGUUCCCUUCAGAUCCCUGAAAAGAGAUCAUCAAGGAUUCAGCAGGGAGGCUUCAACAACAUCCAAAGCCUUCUUUUCUCCCUCAGUCUUAGAGCCAUCGAAAGAGUUAGGGUUGGGUGUUAAUGAUGAUAAUUUUAUGGAUGAAGACAUGGACUGUCUUUUCCAAGAGGUUGAGCCCAAUACAGUGCAAAGAGAGAGGUCUGGGGGACUGGCUCAAAUCUCUGCUAAAGAACAAUUUGGAAGAGAUAGAGAAAGCAACACCAGCUCUAGCCUUUCCUGGAUGUCCCCAAAAACUGUGACUGGAACAUCUCAAGAGAAAAUUCACAGUUUAAAUGCUGCAGAAGGUGACCCCAGCUUUCCUGCACUCACUCUGACCUCUGUACCUUUUACCUAUUUAUGCUUACUUGACAAGCUUAUGUCUAAACCAUGUUCACAACCCACUGAGAUCUGCGUCAAAGCCUUCAUUGUGACUCUGCUGGGAAAGCUGAUCAGCAGUAAUGGAGUCUGGAGUGUUUCUGCUUCUAUAUCUGAUGGAACUGGUUACCUGGAUGUGGAGUUAUCCAAUGAGGUUUUGACAGGCUUACUGGGGUUCUCCGUAGCAGAGAAGACAGCUCUAAAGCGUGACCCGUUGCGCAGGGGGGAGCUAGACUCCGGCAUGCGGAGAUGCCAGGAAGAGCUGGUGGACAUGUGCUGCAUCAUGACGAUCGUUGUGAAGCCAGGCAACGGGAGAGCUGUGGUGGCCAAGGCUCAACCAGUCAGCGAGAGAGUACUGCGGGAGCUGGAGCAGAGGGUGAGGGAAAGUAAACGCAGCUGAGUGGAAGUGGGUGAAAAUGAGAAAAUUACCUCCAAUGGAAACGUUAAAUUGCCCUUCGGCAGAGAUGAAAAAUUGCCAAUAAAGCUAUGAUCAAAAUUGAUGAUCAACCUGCCCCUCUGCUACAUUUUUGACAGCAGAAGGUGUGAACUGGGAGUCUUAUGAUCUGAUGAUCUUGUGUUGCAUUGCAUCCCAUCUGCUAUAUGCGAAUGCAGCAUUCUGCUGUUUGGCAUUAGAGGGUUUAAUCCUUCUAUUUAUUGUGCUAUUACAUAUCUACUGUGUUGCGUUUAGUUUACAGAAGAAAGAGGGUAUCUAAAUACUCACAUGUACCUAUUAACUGAAUGUUGGUUUAAACAACCCAGUUUUAAGCAUGACACAUUCUGUGUAACAUUGAAAACUACAUGGAGAGAAGAGUGGAGAUGAGAGUAGGGGUUCGGGGGUGUUCAUGUUCUGAUUACAGUAAUGAAUUGCCAGUCUAUGCAUUCAUGCAGCACAACCAUUACUUUUCACUGAAAAGUGAUUGAAUAGGCAAGGGCAGCAUGGGUCUUUAAUAAACUUCCUCAGAGGAGAAUGAAAGGAAAGCGGGGGAUAAAGGAGAGGCGAUGAGCUUUGAUUAUUUCUCUCCUCUCCAGAGCCACGUCCAUGGUUUUGGUUUUAAAUGUAAUGAUUUGUUUGUUUUUUUGCUCUAAGUACUGGAAAUAAAAAGAUAGCAAAAGGUUUAUCAUAUCAGACUUUGCUUCAUGGUUUUUCCACUUGUAGUAUCUGUGAGCAUGGGGAACAUGUCUAUUUAAGCUUUCUUUUAGUAACCAAGUUACUAUUGCGCUGACUUGUUACAAAACCAGCUUUUUCUCUCCUACUUCACAUGGUUUGUAACAGUUCUGUUAUAGUGGAAACACCUUGUUGCUAAUAUUGAAGGGUCUAACUUUACCCAUCCCAUAAUUUGCGCAAGGUUUGUAACAGGGUGUUUUCUACAGUAGUGCAGCCUGCUACCCACAGUGAACAUUUAUUCGUACUUAUUAUCCAUCACUUUUUUCACAGGAUAUUAGUUUUUAAAUUAUUCUUCUUAAAAGCCAAAGGUAUUUCCUUUUUCUUCUAGGCAUUCAUAAUGGGGUGAUUGUUCCAAACCCUUCCACAAAGCAGUCCUCUCAAUCUCUGUACCCAUCUAAUGUAUUUAAACACUGUUUACACAGUAAGGCAUAAUUGUGAUGUUUAUAAGGAAUUUUUAUUGAAACUGCUCUAUGCAUACAUAUUCAGCCCCAAAGUCAAUACUUUGUAGACAAAAUUAUAGCUGCAGAUCUUUUGAGGUAUCAUGCCUCAAAAGAUGACACAUCAUCUUUUGAGGCAUGAUAGAGAUAGAGAUAUAGGCAGAUUAGAUAGAUUUGCUUUUCUAUAGGCUAAACUUCUUUGCCUCUCAAGCUCAACCAGAUCGGAGACUAUUUAAAUUCUGCCAAAGCUAUCAAUUGGAUUUAGGUCUGGGCUUUGGUUGAACUAUUCUAAAAGGUUAAUAUACUAUAAAAUAAAUAAAUUCAUUGUAACUCUUGCUGUAUGUUUAGGGUCAUCCGUGCUUCACUGCCUAGUGUUUCUAUGGUGACAUGCAGUGUUAUUUUUUCACUAUACACAGCAUUUAGCAAUUAAGCGAGAAAGUUAUCUUUUGGUGUAACCAGAGCACGUUCUUCCAAAUGUUUUCACUUUCUCAUAGAGGCCACAUUUGAAGAGUGUACAACUGUUUUCAGAAUCCUCAACUUGACGUGGAUCUCAAGAGAUAAGCAGAGUUACCAUUGGUCUCUUGGCUACUUCCUUAAUUAACAUUCCCCUUUCCUGGCUGAUUUGAUAAGGAAGACGGCAAGGCCUUUGUAGGUUUUGCAUUUGUCUUAUUCUUCAUUUUCAGGUGAUGGAUAUAAGAGUAUUCCUUGAGAUGCUCGAGAUUUACAAUGUUAUAAACUGACCCUCCUUUAAACUUCUCCACAACUCUGUCUGCUGUGUUCCUUAGUCUUGCUGAUGUUAUAUCCUUCUCUCCACACCUGUGUGUUAAACAACUGGUUUGUCAGUAAAGUAAAAUAAUCCAUC